AUGUUGGAUUUAGGAGCUUCAAUUAAUGUGAUGCCAAAAUCAGUUUUUCAGACUUUAGGGAUUGGACCAUUACAACCUACAGAAGUAGUUAUUCAGUUAGUUGACCGCAGUCAGACUCAUCCAACUGGAGUUAUUGAAGAUGUAUUGGUUAAGGUGAGGGAACUUAUCUUUCCUGCAAACUUUUAUAUCCUUGAUAUGGAGGGGGACAGCCUGGCCAGUAGAUCUCCACUUAUUCUAGGACGGCCAUUUUUGAAGACUGCAAGGACCAAGAUUGAUGUUCAUGCAGGCACACUUUCUAUGGAGAUAGGAGAUACAGUGGUCCAGUUCAGUAUUUUUGACGCUAUGAAGCAUCCUAGAGAGGAUCAUUCUAUUCUCAGUUUAGAUAUUUCAGAAGAGCUGGAUAGCUUGGAUUUCUUUUCAGGGUUUGAUUCAGAUUUUGCAGAGGUUGGUCAGUGUGGUGUAUUAUCUUCAGUGUUGGAAGGGGAUUGCUUAGGAGAAGCUCUACCCCUAGGAUCGCUCAGACAAGAAGAAUUAUGUGUAGGGGAUUGCUCAACAGAAUUACCCCUAAGAUCACCUUCUGUUGAUCAGAUACAGGAAGUUUUGAAGUCAUUGUCUCAAAACUUGAAGUAUGCUUACCUGGGAGAGAAUCAACAGUUGCCUGUCAUCAUAGCUCAGAAUUUAGAACCAGAAUAA